AUGGUUUAUUGCAUGUGCAUGCGGUCUUUGUCCAAUGUAAUCUUCUGUGUAAUUAUUUCCCUCCAGGAUGAGGGUAUCGUGAAGGAAAUAGACAUCAGCAACCAUGUGAAGGAAGGUUUUGAAAAAGCAGAUCCCUCUCAGUUUGAAUUACUUAAAGUGCUGGGUCAAGGAUCCUAUGGAAAAGUAUUUCUUGUUAAGAAAAUAAAAGGCUCUGAUGCUGGGCAGCUCUAUGCUAUGAAGGUACUAAAGAAGGCCACACUAAAAGUACGUGAUCGAGUCAGGUCAAAAAUGGAACGUGACAUUUUGGCUGAAGUCAAUCAUCCUUUCAUAGUAAAACUGCACUAUGCAUUCCAGACUGAAGGAAAAUUGUAUCUGAUUUUAGAUUUUCUAAGAGGAGGUGAUCUUUUUACAAGACUAUCCAAAGAGGUGAUGUUUACAGAAGAAGAUGUCAAAUUCUAUCUAGCUGAGCUGGCCUUGGCUUUAGACCACCUUCAUGGCCUUGGGAUCAUUUAUAGGGACUUAAAACCAGAAAAUGUACUUCUAGAUGAAGAUGGUCACAUUAAAAUAACAGACUUUGGGCUCAGCAAGGAGGCUGUCGACCAUGACAAGAGAGCGUAUUCCUUCUGUGGGACAAUAGAGUAUAUGGCACCUGAAGUAGUCAACCGGCGUGGCCAUGCACAAAGUGCAGACUGGUGGUCCUUUGGUGUUUUAAUGUUUGAGAUGUUAACAGGGUCACUGCCGUUCCAAGGCAAGGACAGGAAGGAAACCAUGGCACUUAUACUCAAAGCCAAACUGGGAAUGCCACAGUUCUUAAGCCCAGAAGCCCAAAGCCUUUUGCGAGCACUUUUCAAGCGGAAUCCCUGCAACAGAUUAGGUGCUGGACCUGAUGGAGUUGAGGAGAUAAAAAGGCAUUGUUUCUUUGGAACUAUAGACUGGAAUAAAUUAUACAGGAAAGAAAUUAAACCACCAUUCAAACCAGCUGUUGGAAGACCAGAGGACACGUUCCACUUUGAUCCUGAAUUCACAUCAAGGACACCAAUUGACUCACCCGGCGUGCCUCCAAGUGCCAAUGCACAUCAGCUUUUCCGAGGUUUCAGUUUUGUCGCUACCAGCCUUGGCCAAGAGCAGACACAACCUGAUUCUCAUCGAGUGAUUGACCAUUCAAUUGUGCAGCAGUUACACGGGAACAAUAUUCACUUCACAGACAGCUAUGAGUUGAAAGAGGAUGUUGGUGUUGGGUCUUACUCAGUAUGCAAGCGAUGUGUUCACAAAGUCACGUCUGUGGAGUAUGCAGUAAAGAUUAUCGAUAAAAGCAAAAGAGACCCAUCAGAGGAAAUUGAAAUUUUGUUACGAUAUGGACAGCAUCCAAAUAUUAUCACCUUGAAGGAUGUAUAUGAUGAUGGAAAAUAUUUGUAUCUUGUCAUGGAACUAAUGAGAGGAGGAGAACUGCUUGAUCGAAUACUGCGGCAGAAAUGUUUCUCAGAAAGAGAGGCCAGUGCAGUACUUUAUACAAUCACAAAGACUGUGGAGUACCUACACUCACAAGGGGUUGUUCAUCGAGAUCUGAAGCCAAGUAACAUCUUGUAUGUGGAUGAGUCAGGAAAUCCAGAAUCUAUUAGGAUAUGUGACUUUGGUUUUGCCAAGCAGCUCCGGGCUGAGAAUGGCCUUCUAAUGACUCCAUGUUAUACUGCCAACUUUGUAGCACCUGAGGUACUCAAGAGGCAAGGAUAUGAUGCAGCCUGUGACAUGUGGAGUUUAGGGAUUCUACUCUACACUAUGCUGGCAGGGUUCACACCCUUUGCAAAUGGGCCUGAAGAUACUCCUGAAGAAAUCCUGGCACGCAUUGGAAGUGGGAAAUAUGCCCUGACUGGAGGAAACUGGGACACCAUUUCUGAAGCUGCCAAGGACAUGGUAUCUAAGAUGCUGCAUGUAGAUCCUCAUCAAAGGCACACGGCAGCACAGGUCCUUCGACACCCCUGGAUAAUGAAACGAGAAUACCUAUCACAGAAUCAGCUCAGCAGACAUGAUGCCCAUUUAGUCAAGGGUGCAAUGGCUGCCACCUACUUUGCUUUAAACCGUACACCUCAGGCACCAAGACUAGAACCUGUAUUGGCAUCAAACCUGGCCCAGCGAAGAGGAAUGAAAAGAUUGACUUCUACAAGGCUAUAACAGCUACUGUGCAACAACUCUAGGAAGUUUUCUAUUCAUUAUAUGUAAAAGAAUAUGGGC